GGUUGGGGUAGGCAAGAGAUUCAAUCAAGAGGCUGCUGCUGCCAGGAUAGAUGAUGUCAGAGGCUAUAUGAGCUCUUUUCUGGAAGAUAUGAGGGUGUGUGUGUUUGAGUGUGUGUGGCGGAACUGCCAGGCAGCCAAGAGGAAGUGCACUGUGAAGCCUGUGCCGUGCCUGAAUGACAAGGAAUAAACUGUCCCGAGCCGAUCCUCCAGCGUUGUUACAAACCCAGGGAUGGAGAUUAUAAAGAGUUUGACCAGCCUCCCUAUAAUGGGCGAAAUGACGACGCCUGAUUUUGAUGACUUGUUGGCAGCCUUUGAUAUUCCCGAUUUGGACCCCCAGGGCACCAUUGACUCGAGCCAAGAGGAGGCUCCCUUGAAGCAGGCAGCCAGUGGCAAGGGGCCGUCCACCGAGCUGCCUGUGAGCUUACCAGAAGAGCCGGCGGUCAGCGUGAUUGUCAAGAACAGCGUCAGCCCCAAACGCUCGCCCUCCCACCGAAAGGAAGCGCACCACUUUGACCCUGGAGCGCUACACAACGGCUACGAGGACGCCAAACCCCAGCUCCCCAAGCCAUCGCUGCAGGCCACCAGCUGCGAGGGCUGGCCGAAGGUGGCCAGGGCUGAGGGGCUCCCUCCCUUCGAGCCGUUGGGCUGUGCUCAGGACCCACCCAUGAAGACUGAAGAGGAGGGUGAACACGAGGCUGCUCCCUUCCCGCCCCUCUUCCCCGUCCCUCCGGCCUCUGAGGAUCCCCGGGCCUACAGCCUCCAAGGGGAGGACCGGACGAGGGCAAACGGAGCCGUCAGGUCCUCAUCCGAGGAUGAUGAGCUGGAGCUGGAGGAGGAAGAAGAGGAGGAGGAGAGGCAAUCGGACGUGGAGUCAGAGGAGAUGGAGCAGAGCAGCGACCAGGAGAACAGUCUCCCCGACGUUCCGAGGAGCGAUUCUGGCUCCUUUGCAGCCCCCAAGUCGCCUGCUGCACUCUGGACAGAUCCCAGCGCUGAUUCGAGCGCGGCGGGCGGUGCUGAUGUGAAGUCCCCCGAGGGGGAGGAAGAGACACAGCCUCCAAGCCCCCCUGUGCCCUUGGCAAUGGGUGAGGGGAGUCCCUGCGGCCUCCCUUCACCCCCAAGCCUCAGCAGGCAGCUGAAGCAGCAGCAGCAAGCUGACAGCCCCCAGAGCGUGACCAGCGACGACAGCAGCAGCAAGGGCUCGUCGUCCUCCAGCUCAUCGCGGCCCCUCAAGGUGCGGAUUAAGACCAUCAAGACAUCCUCAGGGGGCAUCAUGCGCACUGUGACCCGGGUCUCGUCCGAUUCCGAACCACGGCCCAACCAGACUGACGGCGCGGCACCGGACGCAGAGAUCGAGCCGAUGGAGGAAGGAGAGGAGGAGGAGGAGACGGGGGGAGAGCAGCUCCUCCCCGAAGCGGAGGUCCCAGCACCAGCUCCCAGCCAUGGUGACGGCCCCGAGGUGGUCAGCCUGCAGCUGGGCAAUGGCGCCGUGGUGAAAGGGACGGUCCUGCCCACGUCCACGUUCCAGAACGCCAGCACCGCCAUGCUCAUGGCGGCCAGCAUAGCCCAGAAGGCCACGCUGGCACCGCCUAAGCCCACCACUGCUGCUGCCAAGCCUGUCUCCAAAAGCGUCCACUUGGCCAGCCUGAACCUGGUGCCCCAGACCCUCCCUGUGGUCACCACCACCAGGCCCUUGGCCCUGGCUCCCAAGUCUGCCACGACCACCACCAGCAGCAGCAGCACCACCACCCUCCAGCUGGCCACCAAAUCGCCCAGUAACGCGGCAGGGGCACAGAAGACGGGACAGGGCACCCCCCGGAGCCCGGCAGCUCCCCUGGUGGAGGCUUUCCACAAGUUGCUGAACGGGAGGAACCCGCUGCCCACCUACAAGCCCAACCUCAACCCGCCAGCAGAGAGCUGCCUGGCACUGCCACCCUCUGGUUACCGCUGCCUGGAAUGCGGCGAUUCCUUCGCCCUGGAGAAGAGCCUGGCGCGGCACUACGACCGGCGCAGCAUGAGGAUCGACGUGACAUGCAACCACUGCGCCAAGAGAAUAGUCUUCUUCAACCGCUGCAGCCUGAUGCUGCAUGCCCGCGAGCACAAGGACAAGGGCCUUGUCAUGCAGUGCUCCAACCUGGUCAUGAAGACCAUCAGCCUGGAGCAGAUGAUCGGCCAGCCGGACGUAGCCCCCGUGCUGCCAGCCAGCCGGCCCAGGAGCGCCGCGGUGGACGCUGGCUGCCAGCAGAACUCCCCGGUGAUGCCCUUGUUCCCUGACCCGGCCCUCAUCAACUGCAGCAACUUUAACUGUGCCGAGUGCGACCUGCCAUUCGCCAACCAGCUCGAGCUGGCACUGCACUUCCAGGUUGGCACCCCCAGCUCCUCCUCUUCUGCCGCUGCUGCUACUGCCCAGGUGUGUCAGCUCUGUCAGAUGUUACUGCCCACUAAGUGCAGCUACUUUGCUCACUAUCGCCUGCACAAGAGCAAGUCUCCGUACAUUUGCCCUGAAUGUGGAGGGGUCUGCCGAGCCGCGCACAUCCAGACCCACGUCAAAGAUGUCUGCUUUCACUACGCCCGCAAGAUUGGAUACAAGUGCCCUCAGUGUGGAGUUGUAUAUGGAGGUGUUACCUCGAUCAAGUCUCACAUCCAGGACGUGCACUGUGAGGCAUUCCACAAAUGUCCAAUUUGCCCCAUGGCAUUCAAAUCUGCCCCCAGUGCGCACUCCCACAUCUACACACAGCACCCAGGCGUCAGCAAUCAGCAGGCCAAAGUGAUUCAUAAAUGCGCCAUGUGUGAUACAGUUUUCACCCACCAGCCGCUGCUGAGCUCCCACUUUGACCAGCAUCUGACCAAACAACGGGUCAAUGUCUUCAAGUGCCCUCAGUGCCCAGUGCUUUACGCUCAGAAACGGACCAUGAUGGAGCACAUCAAGAGCACCCAUUCCAAUCUGAAGAGUGAGGAUGUGGCUCCCAGUUGGACUGUGCCACCUGACAAAGGGACAGUCAAGUCCAGCCCCGACUCCACUGACGUUUCCACGGACGAGUCAUCCACCAGCUCCAAGACGGUGCUGACCCUCCAGCGCAGGAAGGAGAUGAGGCUGAAGCUGAAGAAUGCCGGCUGGACGUGUGGACAGUGCCAGAUGUGGUUCCCUGAGCGUGAGGAGUACGUGACCCACAUGAAGAAGGACCAUGGCAAGGCAAUGAAGAAGUUCCCAUGCCGACUUUGUGAGAGAUCAUUCUGCUCCGCCCCGAGCUUGCGAAGGCAUGUCCGGGUCAACCACGAAGGAAUUAAGCGCGUCUACAGCUGCAGACACUGCAGCGAAGGCAAGAGGACAUUCAGCAGUCGCCUGACUCUGGAGAAACAUUUGCAAGUCAUUCAUGGUAUUAACAUGGCAGACCACGCUCAGGACCAGGAGAAUCUCUUCGAGAGAGUGAGCAUUAAGACGACCAUUCGUAAGCGGCCGAGCUCACGGGACGGGCCAGAGCACUGGGGCUCCGAAGGCGCCAAGAGCCGGAAGCUGAACGGGAGCUCGACUUUCCGGUGCAUGAAGUGUGGCCAGACCUGCAGCAGCUUCUCCGAUUUCCACAAACACAUUGGCCAGCACCGAACCGGUGCCUCAUCAUUCCAGUGCCGUCAUUGUGGGCUGUGCUUUGCUGCCCAGCUCUCCUUAAAUCGUCACCUCUUCAUCGUGCAUGGGCUGAAAGAGUCCCAGGGGGUGAAGGGAACUGAGGAUAAGGGAGAAGCCGAGUGGAUGAAGUUGGAGGGCGGGGUGAUUUGUGAUGUGUGCGGGAAGCUGUUUGAGAGUGUACCACUGUUAAAAACACAUUUUCGGACACAUGGGAUGGCCUUUAUCAAAUCCAAACAAAACGGUCUGGAUAAGUGAGUGCACAAUAUGUCGACAAAAGCUUUCUUUCUAAAAGAUGUUUUUAUUUAUAUGGUGCCUGGCAAGGUGAAUGCCAGAGACCCAGAGGUCCUAGGAGAUGGAAAGCAAGUUUCCUUGUUUCAUUGUCACCACCUUUUCUCCUUUUGCAGUUCGGCUCUCUUCUGGGUGAGACUCCAAGAGAGUGACACGGGGUUUUUUUUUCUAGGGAUGGAGAUGUGGGGACAGGCAGGGAGGGGGAAGGAGUGGACUGCCACAGAGCUGGAAGGGAUUGAAUCCCGUCCCUGGGUUAAAUGGAGUCUGCUUGCUCCCACCUGCGAUCAACAACAACACUUGGCCUGGGGUUUCCUGUGAUCUGCCCUGCUCAGUGAAAGCUCAGCUGCCCAGUGCAGGAUACUUCUGGGUAAGACCAUUCCUGUGUUCCAUGUGCCCUGCACCAUCCUCUGGCCCUCUUCCCCAACCCACCCGCCACCACCUCCCCCCAACGCAACCUGCAUCACACAUUGGAUGGGGCAUUCAGUGACCCCCUCUCUGAGGGGGUUUCCCCUUCCACCCUCAGUAAUCAGGCACCAGGAAGACGGCAGUUUUGUCUCACGGCUCUGUUGUACCCUUCCAGGAGUCUCUGAUAAACUCAAACUCUCUGAUAAAUUCCCCUCCAUGCCCGACAGGCAAAAGAGAAACAAAGCUGACAAGCAGAGCUGGUAGGCCCUCAGUAACCCAGGCGAUGUUAAGUUGUGGCUAAUGGUUUAUUUCCAGACCAUUCACCUUUCCCUGUUUGUAAGUGAUGCCUGAGCAGAGCAUGUUUUGUGUUGAAUCUCUGACCACUCUGUUUCUUCUUUCAUUUUACUGUCUCACUGGACAGGACUGCACUUGACUGAACAACACAAGUGCCCAGGUGAGGCGGAGAGGGGUUUAUGUAUGUUCUCCUUCUCCCCGUUUGGGAAUGGGUUAGGAAAGGUCAAACAGGGUCACAGUGCAGGUAGGCCUGUAUAUGUGAAGCUACUGAGGACAGGAUCAGGUUCAGCUGUGAUGGCCUCUACUGUUGAAUGCCCUGUGAGACCAUAUUGAACAUCAUCACAGUGACUGCAGUACAGGAAGGAGCGUGAGGCUCCAAGUGACAUGUUGGCGGCAGAAAGCUGGCGUUGGGGUGCAUGCACACCCAUCCCUGAACCGUAGGGCAUGUCAUAGUUAUGUCAUCCCAGGGAGAGGGAUCAAUGAAAAUGAACAGUGGCUCAGUGUGGGUGAGGGGAUGGGGGUGUUUAAUACGAUGGUCGUGUUCACAGGGUCAGCCAAGAAUUCCAUGGUACUCAAAAGAUCAUUGACUCAAUUUUCCACUCUGCUCCUGAUAUCAGGUGCUAGGGGAAUCAGCAGUUCCAGCUGGGCCUUGUUUCACCUCCCCACCCCCAAAUCCAAAAUGUUUUGAGCCCACCUUUUCUCUGGUGACAGUUGGGUGGGAGUUAGUGCCCAUGCCCCUGGGAAGUUAGUCUUCAAAAUAAAUCUGCUUUCAGUUGCUGUCUGGUGGCAGUGUUGCAGGAGAGACCAAGCCAGCACCCAGUAGUGACCUUGAUAUACAGGCUUCAAAGAGAUGCUGAGUGAAAUUAACCAUCGCUGUCUGGAAUCAAGGUGUCACCCUCCUUGGAUACGUAAGAGUUUUGGU